CACUGGCGAGGGCGGCGGCCGGAGCGGAGGAAGCCGGAGGGCAGGUGAACCGGCGGGUCGGGGACAGCUCCGCACCCCCUUAGAACUUGUUCCCUUCCCAUCCACCUUCGCAGGGCGGCGGCUGGAGGCGCGAUGGAUCUAGCCGGGCUCCUGCUGGAUGAAGAAGGCACCUUCUCCCUCACCGGCUUCCAGGACUUCUCGUUCCUUCCAGGACACCAGAAGCUGAGUGCCAGGAUCCGGAGAAGACUCUAUUAUGGCUGGGACUGGGAAGCUGACUGUAGCCUGGAGGAGCUCUCCAGCCCCAUGGCAGACAUUGCUGUGGAAUUGCUCCAGAAGGCAGCCCCCAGCCCUAUUCGCCGUCUCCAGAAGAAAUAUGUAGCCCAUGUAUCCCGGGAGGCAUGUAUCUCCCCAUGUGCUAUGAUGCUAGCUUUGGUGUACAUUGAGCGGCUUCGGCACCGAAACCCAGACUACCUACAGCAUGUGUCCUCCUCUGACUUGUUCUUGAUUUCUAUGAUGGUGGCCAGUAAGUACCUCUAUGAUGAAGGGGAGGAGGAGGAGGUCUUCAAUGAUGAAUGGGGAGCUGCAGGGGGUGUGGCUGUGCCCACUCUUAAUGCCCUGGAGAGGGGCUUCCUGAGUGCCAUGGAUUGGCGUCUCUACACUGAUCCUCGGGAGAUCUUUGAGGUGCUGAGCUGGCUAGAGAGCUGUGUGGCUGAGCAUCAGGGAUGGCGACGGGGCUGGUACACCUACACAGACCUGUGUGUGCUGCUGGAGCAGCCAGCCUGGCAGCUGGCUCUAGGCUCCCUCUGCCAUCGGCUGGCAAAGCUGUCCUGCCUAUUAGCUAUGGCAUAUGUCAGCAGUGUGGCCCUGGCUGUGGCAUCGGUGGCUGUAAUACAUCAGUCCUUGGGGUUGUCCUGCAGUCCCCCACCUGGCCCCCCGGACCUUGGAUUGGCCUCCAGGUGUCUCUUGGAACCCUGCAUACCUUCUCCUGUGCCACAGUGCCUGCCAUCUCCUGCUAAUGUCUCCAGUUUUCUGGAAGGCGAUGUAGGGCUGCGUUCACUCAGGGGCAGUCUUCUGGCCUCACCAACCCCCCUACCAUUGCCUCCCCCAGAUCCUCCUGCCCCUCCCACUCUUCUCCACAACUGUCCCCUUUGCCAGAAGCUCCAGAAAGACUCUCCAACCUGCCGUGCCUGCCACCAUCCCAACUAUACAGUCCCCACAGGGCCCCCAAGCCCCUGGCACCAUUCCAAUGGCCUGGCUCCACCAUGGCCCUGGAGCCCAGUGCCUUCCCUGCUCCCACAGCCCCAGCAGUGUUCCCUGUUCAGCAUCAUGGAGCUGACCCGCCUCAAGUCUUUCAUUUUCCCAGGCUAGGUAGGGUUCUGAAGAAUGCAUGAAGAGGACUCGGGAGUCCCUGAGAACCUGGAGGAGUAAUGCUUGAUUUAGAUCCUCUCUACCUCUCUGGGUCCUUGACUGGUCCCCUGUUACUCUGGGUGAGGGAGCUUAAGGGGUAAUGAGGCAAAAGGACUAAAGGUCUCUCGCUCUCCUAGACCUCAGCGGCUGGCUGCUUGGGCAGGGCAGUGAUAGUGCCAGGGAAAGCCUUCAACUCAGUGACCAGGGACAUGUCAUAGAUGGACAGAGGAGAAGCCCUUGUCUAUUCACCUCUAGGUUUUUUUAGACUGUAGCUGUUUAGUUCCCUGUGAUGGAGGGGUAAAGGUGGAAGAUGGGAAGUAUGAGGGAGGGAAGGAGGAAAUGUUGACCAGGUCUGUGUGAUGCCUCUGAAGCAAGAGAGCCAGGGAUUGAUAGGGCCAAGGUGGGAGCUGCUGGGGGAAGGCAGGGUGAGGUGGGAAGCCUAAUCCACACCUGUCCUUUGGAUGUAGUCUAAAGGACCUAGGUGCUACUGGGACCUUCAACCUUGCCCUUUUGUCUUCCAACCUUUUCCUUUUAGUACCCUGCUCCUGGGCUUCCCUCUUUUCUGGUUCCUCUUCUGGGUGUUCUCUUCACAGGCAUCUCUGGCCAUCUCUUUGUAUCUGGGUUUUUCACGCUUUUGUAGAACUAAGGUUUCAAUAAACAGUUUCAGUUGCAUGGCCUGGACUUUUCCUUCUCU